AUGGCUCUCCAGUACAUUACAAACGCGGCAUCGAAAGCAAGCCCAUGGAGCUCCAAACCCGUCCUGACCGACGAAGACGAAGCUUUUUUACAGCGCGUUACGUCAAAUCCUGACGACGGAAGCAACAAUGACAUUAAGAUGCCAGAAGAAGGAAUAAAUCCUUUGGGUAGAGAUGCGCAGAUUGCAUUGAUGGAUGGUGCCCAGGACAUUCCGUUGCCAAUGUCGCCGUCGGAAGAUAUUGAGAGGGAGCUGCCUGAGCAGGUAACGGAGGCUAAGGAAGAAAAGGAGGAAUUAAAUCAUGUCGCAGCUACAGCUACUAAGAAGAGGAGACCGUGGAGUCUUUGGAUGAAGAAGGACAAGGGAAAGGAAUCCAAGACCUACACGGAAGGAAUAUCUACAAAACCAACAGCCAGCGACGGCGUCCCAAUAACAGACAAAGAGCAAAAAGAAGAACAAGAAGACCUCGCCAUAAUCAUGGAACGUCUCAACCUCGCCGCCGAAAACAAUCGCGCAUUCUCCGUCAGCGACGAGACGCAGCAGCUCCUUUCGAAAUUCAAACUGAUAUUUAAAGAUCUCGUGACGGGCGUACCUACGGCUUACCGCGACCUGGAAAGCCUGUUGACGAACGGCGAUAAACAGCUCAAGGAUGCAUUUGGACAUCUGCCUGGGUUCUUGCAGAAGCUUGUCCAGCAGCUUCCUGAGAAAUUUACCGAGUCGCUGGGUCCCGAACUCAUAGCUGCAGCUGGUGAGAGGGCUUCGAAGAGUGGAGUCAACAUGGAGAAUGCAGGUAAAGCCGCCGCUGCGGCGCAGAAGAUGGGAUUCAAAACGCCGAAUCUGAAGGAGCUUGUUGGCAAGCCAACUGCGAUUGCAGGUAUGAUGAGGUCAAUCAUCACUUUUCUUCGAGCUCGGUUCCCGGCUGUGCUUGGAAUGAAUGUGUUGUGGUCUUUGGCUUUGUUCAUUGUAUUGCUCGCCCUUUGGUACUGUCACAAGCGCGGCAAGGAAGUACGACUAGAGAACGAACGGCUUGUCACCGAAGCAGAAAUUGCCAAAAUGAACGAAGAGUACGAGCAGCACAUUCGGCCUACAGAAACAUUGAGCACGACUGCUCCUAGAGACGCUCCGAUAUCCGAUGUCCGGGAUGGCGUUGAGCAAGUUCGGAAGACGCGAGAGCAGGCACCACUCGCGUCUGAUUCUAGCACCGACCUACAAUCACCCCCGACAAAGACAACAGCAUCACCGGCCGCAACGGCAGUCGCAGCAACAGCCGUGUCAAGGAGUAGCAAUGCGACACCUUCGCUAUCUACCCCUGUCACAUCAACCGCUGGAAGGAAUGCCGGGCGGAAUCGAUUCUCGCUAUUGCGAACAUUCUCAAAAAGAACGAAGAGCGAAGAAACUAGGGAUAUUCAACCAUACCCCGGCACAUAA